CAGAAAGCAACAGGAACAAAGUUGUGGGACCUCAGUGAACAGCGCUGCGGUGUUCACCCGUGAAAUUUAAUAACCAUCUCUCCGUGUGCCGGAGACAGGCAGCCGUGAGCUUUUAGGGCCACGGCCGCUGGCUUUGCUUUGCAUUGCAGAAAAGUGAAGCUUUUUUUUGGGGGCACAUUGUGGAGUCUGGAUGCGCGUGAGGACGGUUGUCUUUACGAGCUAACUUUUAACGUUCGUUAGUUAAAAACGGCGUCGCGGAGAAAAUGCCUUAAACUGGUUAAAGUGGCGGACUUUGAAGACGCUUUAAUACAUUUUCCAGCCUGUAAGUGUGUCCAUACUCUACACGUUUUGGACUUGUUUUGAAGGAACACGUCUCCUGACCCCUUGCUGACAGCAGAGAUAAAGAGGUGAAGUCUCAAACAGCUGUGAAUGUUUUAACUCACGUGUCAAGUCUGGGCGGCCUGAUUUAGCCACUUCUGAUGUGGAGAAAGAGGGCUGUUGCACUGCACAUCAAGAGGCUUGGAAGUUAACCACACAGUUUUACCUGUCCCAACAUUGGAUUAAUUGGCAGUAAUGGCAUCACACGGUGACAUCGCAGAAGGAGCAGCCAAUGAAGAGUUCAGCGACAUCAUCAAGUGGAGAUCUGAUGAGCAUGAUGCAGUACAGAAGAAAACGUUCACCAAAUGGAUAAAUGCACAGUUCUCUAAGACAGGGAAGACGUCCAUCAAAGAUAUGUUCUCUGACCUGAGGGAUGGGAGGAAGCUGUUGGACCUGCUGGAGGGUCUCACUGGCACUGUCCUGACAAAAGAGCGAGGUUCCACCAGAGUGCAUUCUCUCAACAACGUUAACAAAGUACUUCAAGUGCUGCAUCAAAAUAACGUGGAUCUGGUAAAUAUAGGAGGCACAGAUAUUGUGGAUGGGAACCAUAAGCUGACCUUGGGCCUCAUCUGGAGUAUUAUCCUUCACUGGCAGGUGAAAGACGUCAUGAAGGACAUCAUGUCCAACCUGCAGCAGACCAACAGUGAAAAGAUCCUACUGAGUUGGGUGCGACAGUGUACCCGCUCAUACCCAGAAGUCAAUGUGCUGAAUUUCACUACCAGCUGGUCUGAUGGCCUCGCUCUCAACGGUAUCCUCCAUCACUUCAGGCCAAAUGCAUUCAGCUGGGAUCAGGUGGUCAAACUGAGCCCUGUGGAGAGACUGGACCAUGCCUUCACUGUAGCCAAAGACCAGCUUGCAAUUGAGAGGCUACUGGAUCCAGAAGACGUGGCAGUGCAGUUACCAGAUAAGAAGUCCAUCAUCAUGUACAUAACGUCGCUUUUCGCUGUGCUGCCCAAAGACGUGAGCAUGGAGGCUAUCAGAGAGGUCGAGACCCUGCCCCGUAAAUACAAAGUGGAGGCCGAGGACUCAGGGCCAAGGCUCAGUGCCCAGAACGUGCAGAUGGAGGAGGCAGGCAGCAGCCCCCGUCCUGAGACCCCCAGCACUCUGACCGAGACCGAGGGGGAGAUGGAGGGCAGCUUGCUGGAGGUGGACCUUUACAGCUACCAGACUACGCUGGAGGAGGUUCUUACUUGGCUGCUGUCAGCUGAAGAUGCCCUACACAUUCAGGACGAGGUGUCGGACGAUGUGGAAGAAGUCAAAGAACAGUUCCAUACACAUGAGGCCUUUAUGAUGGAGCUGACGGCACAUCAGAGCAGUGUGGGUAAUGUGCUGCAAGCAGGAAACCAACUGAUCGCCCAGGGCAACCUGACAGAAGAAGAAGAAGAAGAAAUCCGGGAGCAGAUGAGCCUCCUCAACUCCCGCUGGGAGAACCUCCGAGUAGCCAGCAUGGACCGCCAGGCCAGGCUCCAUGAAGUACUGAUGGAUCUUCAGCAACAGCAGUUACAACAGCUGUCUGAUUGGCUGACGCAGACGGAGGAGCGAAUCAGAAGGAUAGAGAUAGAACCUGCAGCUAAAGACCUUGAAAUCUACAAAGAAACGAUAGAACAGCACAAAGAACUUCAGAAUGACUUGGAGGCGGAGCAGGUAAAGGUCAACUCUCUGACACACAUGGUGGUCGUGGUGGAUGAGAACAGCAGCGAGAGCGCCACUGCUGCCCUGGAGGAGCAACUACAAUCUUUGGGUGAACGCUGGGCAGCUGUGUGCCGCUGGACAGAAGAAAGGUGGCACAAACUGCAGGAAGUCUUUAUGGUUUGGCAACAGCUUAUAUCGGACCAGGGUUUGUUUAAAGAGUGGCUCACUGAAAAAGAGGAGGCCUUGAGUGAAGUACAGACGAGCAACUUUAAAGACUCCAGUGAAAUGAACACAAAUGUGCGCCAAUUAGCAAUUUUAAAGGAAGACAUGGAAAAAAAGAGGAGAACUCUGGACAAGCUGUCGGAUGCAGGACAGGAUGUGAUAGUGCUGCUGCAAAGUGCUGAGGCAGGAGCCAAGAUCGAGGCAGAUACAGAAGAGCUGGCCCAUCGAUGGGACAACCUGGUGCAGAAAUUGGAGGAUUGCUCCUUCCAGGUAAUGGAAGCUGUGACGGACGCUGGAAUGACUCAGGUGGAAGAACAGAUCGUCGUGGAUACGGUUGCUGUGGCUGCAGCUGCUUCAGCUGUCGACCAGGAGUUGGCCCCACCUGCUCCCCCUAAGAAACGGCUGGUGGAGACAGAUGCAGGAGUCAGAAGAAUGUUUGAAAAUAAGCUUUCUGACCUAUUGAGCUGGAUGAAAACAUGGAAGACGUCAGCUCAGGCGCUGGCUUCCACUCAUCCUGAGACUACACCUGACACCCCAGACCUGCAGGAAACUCUAAAGGUUUUGGAGUCGGAACUCAUGGCAAAAGAAGCCACAGUUAGUCAGGUGGUCCAGGAGGGACGAGGCUUGAUGGAGCAGCUAGAGAGAGAGGGUGUGAGUGCAGACCUGGUGAGGCCAAACAUAGACCUGGUCCAGACUGAGUGGGAUGUCUGUGCAAGAGAGCUGCAGGCAGCCCGUGAUCGGGUUCACACUCGGUCCCGAGUCAGAGCAGUUUCUGUAGAACUUGCAGACUUGGACCGAGUCUUGGAGGAGCAGGACUGGUGGCUGGACUCGACCUCGCCUGUCGAAAAGUGCAAUGAAGUCGAACUCAGAAACCUGUGUGGAGAAUGUCAAUCCCGACUUGCUAAGGUCAGUGCCUUCAGUCCACAACUGGAGCAGCUGUCUGCAGAGGCAGGAUCACUGGGAGCCAUGCCAUCUCUAAAAGACAACAUGGUGGUUGUAUCUGCACAUCAUGCCUCCACACUACAGCAGCUACAGAACAGAGAACAAGAAGUCAAUGAAGCCUUAGCUAGUCUGGAAGCCACCCAGGUGGUAGAGAGUCUGGUGGAGGGUUUGGAAGCCCGGCUGGCCACUCUGAGAGAAGGGAUAGCAGACAUACGUACAACAGAGGGGGCAGUGGAGCGGGCACAGGGCCUGUGUCUAGAGAUUGAGCAAACGCAACAGGCCUCCGAUUCUGCAGAACUACAAAAAUGGAGUGAGCUCUCCUCCAGGGCCCGUGAAGAGCUGGGGAUGCUGCAGUGCAUUCUGGGUAGCAUGAAGGACAACCAGGUGCGUUUGGAGCAAGUGGAACCUAAGUUGGAUGCGGUACAGGAGCUGUUGUCUCGGGAUGCCACAAGGUUGGGUAAAGCAGAGAAGCUACAGGAAGAACUUAAUCAGUGCAAGGAGUAUGUUAACGAGAUGGAGUUAGUGGAAGGUUCAUUGAAACAGAUGGCAGAGAAUGUGAGCGCUGUCCAGGGGGCUGCAGUCCCAGGACUGGCCAAGUGGGGGCAGGAUGAGCUGGAUAAGUGCCAGGGCAGGUGGACAGCACUCAGCAAACAGCUUCUGAGCUGUCAGGAGCGUUUGGCUGAGAUUCAGGAGAGGCAGGUGAAUCUGAGGAAAGAUCUGACGGAGAUGCAGGAGUGGAUGACCCAAGUUGACGAGGAAUUUCUCAUGAGGGAUUUUGAGUACAAGAGUCCUGAGGAGUUGGAGGCAUCACUGGAGGAGAUGAAGCGGGCUAAAGAGGAUGUGCUACAGAAAGAGGUGAAGGUAAAGAUCCUGAAAGACAGCAUUAACAUGCUGGUGUCCAGAACUUCUCCCCCUGGUGGAGGCAGUGGACACGAGCUGACCUCAGAGCUAGAAGGGGUUCUAGCCAACUACCACAAGCUCUGCGACCGGCUGAAAAGCAAGUGUCACACCUUGGAGGAGGUUUGGUCUUGUUGGAUGGAGCUGCUUCAGUACCUGGACAUGGAGCAGAGUUGGCUCAACACUCUGGAGGAGAAGGUCCAAGCUACCGACAGCCUACCAGAGAGCACUGAGGCAGUUAAUGAAGCUCUGGAGUCUUUGGAGAGUGUGCUUCGCCACCCAGGGGACAACCGGACACAGAUCAGAGAGCUGGGUCAGACGCUGAUAGACGGGGGCAUACUUGAUGAACUCAUUAGUGAAAAACUAGAGGCCUUCAAUUCCCGCUAUGAGCAACUCAACCACCAGGCAGUGAACCGGCAGAUCAGCCUCGAGCAGCAGCUGCAGACGCUGAAGGAGAACGAACAGUCGCUCCAAACGCUGCAGGAGUCUCUGAACCAGCUGGACCACACACUCACCUCCUACCUCACUGAUCGCAUUGACGCCUUCCAGCUCCCUCAGGAGGCGCAGACCAUCGGGGCAGAGAUCGCAGCCCACGAAGUGACAGUGGAAGAGAUGAGGAGAAGGAAUGUGGCCAACUUGCCUUCGCCCACCACUGAUGGCAAAGCUGCUCGGGGUGGCACCAUGCUGGAUCAGCUACAGAGGAAACUGAGGGAGAUCUCCACAAAGUACCAGCUGUUCCAGAAACCUGCUAACUUUGAACAGCGCAUGUUGGACUGUAAGAGGGUCCUGGAUGGUGCCAAAGCUGAGCUACACAUUCUGGAUGUUAAGGAUGUGGAACCAGAAAGAAUCCAGUCCCACCUCAGCGGCUGUAUGAAAUUGUACAAAAUGCUGAGUGAGGUGAAGCUGGAGGUGGAGACGGUGAUAAAAACAGGUCGCCAGAUUGUGCAGAAACAGCAGACAGAGAACCCUAAGGCCAUGGAUGAACAACUUACUGCUCUCAAACUGCUCUACAAUGACCUAGGGGCUCAGGUAACAGAGGGCAAGCAGGACCUGGAAAAAGCUUUGUCUUUGUCUCAGACGUUCCAGAAGGAGAGUUCUGCCCUGCAGGACUGGCUGACCACAAAUGAGGCUCAGCUCCAGCAGAAAAACAGCUGCGGAGACAUGCCAGCUGACAUUGAGGCUGAGGUUGCAUGGGCUAAUAACCUGUUAAAGGAGUCGGAGCGUCGGAAGGUGGAGCUGUCCAGCCUGAUGGAGACCAGUGCUGGUCUGCAGACUCUGGUGGAGGGAAGUGAGGCUCAGCUGGAAGACAAACUCUGUGGCCUCAAUGAAGCCUGGGGUCGAGUCCGCACCUGGACCGAGGACUGGCUCAGUGCUGUGCUGAGUCACCAGAAUGAAGUAGAAAUUUUUGAUGAGAACUUGGCUCACAUCAGCACCUGGCUCUAUCAGACCCAGAUCCACCUGGAUGAGGCUGAGCGACUGGCCCCCGCAGAGAAGGAAAACGUGGUGAAGAGCAUGCUGGAGGAGCUGGAGGACAUCAGUCUGCGUGUGGACAAUGUCAGGGACCAAGCUAUCAUUCUGAUGACCAGCAGGGGGCCUGCCUGUCGAGAUGUGGUCGAGCCCAAACUAGCCGAGCUUAACUGCAACUUUGACAAAGUCUCCCAACACAUAAAAACUGCCAAGAUGAUGACCAGUCUGGAGUCAGGUGCUGUUGAGAUAAACCAGCACACAACCCAGCGGGUCAUUCACAGUCAGGAGAUCCGAGCAGAAAGCCAGACUCACCCUGCUGAGGCUGUAGUCCCCAGUGAGGUGAAGGACCUUCAGGCAGAGCUCCGGGACACGUUGAGGGUUCUGCAGCAGCAGCAGGACCCAGUAAACAUCCUGGAUGAUGACAAGAUGGAUGAGGAGAAAGCCAGCGUGGAAGAGUUGCUGAGAAGAGGAGAAGAACUGCUGCAGCAAACUUCAGACGAGGGUCAGAGGGAGGAGCUGAGACUCCUGCUGCUCCGGUUGCAGAGCCAAUAUUCUGCACACAGGGAGCUGAGGGUGCUGCAAAUCAGGCAGGUUGAAGUUUCUGUGGACUCGUUGUCUUCUUGCACCUUUAGAGAGCAAACAACAGAGUUUCCAACCGAGGAGAUGUCUGUAGUGGAACGUAGCAGUGCUCCUUCACUGAGUCCCUCUGACUACAUGCUGGACAUCAACAAAGUUCUUCUCGCCAUGGCUGACAAUGAGUUGCUCCUGAACUCCUCGGAGCUUAGUGGAGGGCUUUAUGAAGACUUUUCUACCCAGGAGGACACGCUGAAGAAUAUCAAAGAGAAUCUGGAACGUCUCAGUGAGCAGGUCACAGGGAUCCAUGAGCGCCAGCCUGAUGCCAUCCGGGAUGCUUCCCCUGCUGAAGCGGCCCAAAUUGGAGAUGCCCUCACGCAGCUGAAUGCAGAGUGGGACCGCCUCAACCGCAUGUACAACCACCGCAAGGGGGGUUUUGAUCGUGCCAUAGAGGAGUGGGGUCAGUUUCACUGUGACUUGAAAGACCUUAGUCAGUGGCUGACUGACACAGAGACACUGUUGUCUGAGAGCAUCGGCCCUGAUGGACAGCUGGAUCUAGAAUCUGCACGGCAGCGUCAAGAGGAGCUGGAAGAAGGCCUCGCCAGCCAUCAACCUGUCCUGUUUGUACUGACCCGCACUGGGGAGCAGAUAAUUGGCAAGCUGUCAUCUCCUGAUGGGCCCCUGCUUGAAGAGAAGCUAGAAACUCUGGGUCAACGAUGGAGAGCUGUCAACCGGCAGGUCCUUGAUCGACAGCGCAGGUUGACUGGAGGGGAUCCAGCCCUGUCAGACCUGGUGAGGAGGCGCGAUGAGCUGGCUUUGUGGCUGCAGCAGUCAGAAAACGCUGUUAGCUCCCUGCCUGUCACUGCCACUGACAGAAACCUCAAAGAACUCAAGGCCCUGGCUGAGGAAAUGGAUGUACAGAACGAACGUCUUGGUUGGCUGAACAAACACGCUCCUCAGAUCCUGGCCAGUCCCAGUGUGAGUCCUCAGAGCAGAGAUCAGCAUAUUGGCAAACUGAGAGCCAUCAAUCUCAACUGGAGCAAGGUGACGCAUGAGUUGUUGGACAAAGUCGGGGAGGUGGAAACCAAUCUGCAAAGUCACGCCCGGUUCCAGGACAGGAUGAACAGGCUGACUGACUGGGUCGUCGUCACACACCAGACAAUCAUUACCCGAGGCCUGAAUCCCAGCCAAGCGCAGGCUCUGGAGGUUUCCAUGAAGGACAGGAAGAAGGACCUGGAGGACCUGUUGGCUCAUUCUAUAGAGCUGCAGAGACGACAGCAGCUGUUGCCUCAGGAAAAGAGUAAGGUAGAGCAGCUGGCAGCUGAUUGGAAAGCACUGGAUAGUCGACUGAGGGAAUCUCUCCAGCCGCCUCUCUCUCCAUGGACACAUCACCAACAUGUCGUCCAGCACCAGCAGCUUGUAUCUGCGGUCCCCUCAGCCGUGCAGAUGGCCAGCUUGGUAAGCGAGGACCCUCGCCACAAAACCCCACACACGCCAGACACCGUGGCGCCCACUGAUCUCAACGAGACCGCCACUGAACUGGCAGACUGGCUCGUCCUCAUCACCCAGAUGCUGAAGUCUAAUAUUGUCACCGUGGGUGACACGAAGGAGAUCCGGACCACAAUGGGGCGUCUUCAGGUGACAAAGAGUGACCUGGAGCAGCGACAUCCCCAGCUAGAGGAUAUUUUCACCCUGGCACAGAACAUCAAAAACAAGACCUCUAACCUUGAUGUUCGCACAUCCAUUACUGAGAAAUUGGAGAAAGUACGAAGCCAGUGGGACAGCACUCAGCAUGGCAUUGAGGCACGGCUCCAGCAGCUGGAUAACAUGAUUGGCCACAGCAACCAAUGGGAGGAGCAGAGAAAGGAGGUGAAGGCCCUCAUUGGGCACAACGAAGGACGUUUCCACAACCUUCUUCAGCGGUCCCGAGAUCCCCUGACUAAACAGCUGGAAGACAGUAAGGAGUUUCUUCAGGCUCUGGGUCGAGGCCAAGCUCCAGUUGCAGCUUUCAAUGAGCUGUCCAGCCACCUUUUGCGAGAAUAUGCUACUGACGACACCAGGAGGAUCAAAGAGGUUACAGAUAAACACAAUGCUGUCUGGAACAGCAUCAACAAUAGGGCGAGCGACCGUCACACCCAGUUGGACACUGAACUGAAAAGCGUCCAGGUGUCUCUCAGGGAGCUGGAGUCCUUCCUCAAAUGGCUCCAGGAGGCAGAGACUACUGUCAACGUGCUGGCCGACGCCUCCCAGAGGGAAGAUGUGUCGCAGGACUCCGUCCACGUGAAGGAGCUGAGGCAACAACUGGAGGACAUCCAGGCCGAGAUCGAUGCCCACAAUGACAUCUACAAGAGUGUGGACGGGAACAAGUCGAAGAUGGUCAAAGCGCUGGGCAGCUCAGAGGAAGCUGUGUUCCUCCAGCACAGACUGGACGACAUGAACCAACGCUGGAGCGACCUGAAGGCCAAAUCAGCCAACAUCCGAGCCCAUCUGGAGGCGAGUGCUGAGCGCUGGUCACGUCUGCUGGGCCUCCUGGAGGAGCUGUGGAGGUGGAUCUGCAUGAAGGAUGAGGAGCUGGCCAAACAGAUGCCCAUCGGAGGAGAUGUGCCCACCUUGCUCCAACAGCAGAACCACUGCACGGUACUACGGUCAGAACUGAAGGAACGUGAGCAUUUGGUAAUCAGUACUUUGGACCAGGCCAGGAUGUUUCUUGCUGACCAGCCCAUUGAAGGUCCCGGAGAGCCACGCAAGAACCUGCAGCCAAAGACCGACCUCACCCCAGAGGAGAAGGCCCGAGGGUUGGCUCGGGCGAUCCGCAAGCAGACAGGUGAGGUAAUGGAUCGGUGGGAGCGUCUGAAAGGACACGUGGGUGGCUGGCAGAGUCAGGUGGAGCGAGCCUUGGAGCGACUCCAGGAGCUGCAGAGCUCCAUGGACCAGCUCGACCUGCGGCUGACUCGUGCAGAGGAGGCCAAAGCUACCUGGCAGCCUGUGGGCGAUCUGCUCAUCGACUCUCUCCAGGACCACAUCGAUAAGACCAUGGCCUUCAGAGAGGAGGUCGCCCCGUUACGUCAGGAUGUUCGGAUCGUUAACGAGCUUUCUGCAGAGCUGACGCCGCUGGACAUCCAGCUGUCGUCCACCGCUUCCAGACAACUGGACCAACUCAACAUGAGAUGGAAACUCCUACAGGUGGCAGUGGAGGACAGACUGAAACUCCUUCAGGAAGCCCACAGAGACUUCGGCCCCUCCUCGCAGCAUUUCCUCUCCACCUCUGUACAGCUCCCCUGGCAACGUGCUGUUUCACAGAAUAAGGUUCCUUAUUACAUCAAUCACCAGACACAGACAACCUGCUGGGAUCAUCCAAAGAUGACAGAACUCUACCAAUCACUAGCUGACUUGAACAACGUGAGAUUCUCAGCAUACCGAACAGCCAUGAAGAUCCGCAGGCUGCAGAAAGCACUGUGCUUGGACCUGCUGGACCUCAGCGUCGCCCAGAACACCUUCGAGCAGCACAAACUCACCAACAACAACCAGCUGCUGACCGUUCCUGACGUCAUCAACUGCCUGACGUCCAUCUACGACGGCCUGGAGCAGGAGCACAAAGACCUGGUCAACGUGCCUCUCUGUGUUGACAUGUGUCUCAACUGGCUGCUGAAUGUUUACGACACCGGUCGCAGUGGGAAGAUCCGCGUCCUCUCCAUGAAGAUUGGCUUGCUGUCUCUCUCCAAGGGUCACCUGGAGGAGAAAUACAAAUACCUCUUCAGCCAGGUCGCGUCGGCAGGUGACACGUGUGACCAGAGGCAGCUUGGGCUGCUGCUACACGAAGCCAUCCAGAUCCCGAGGCAGCUGGGGGAGGUGGCGGCGUUCGGAGGGUCAAACAUCGAACCGAGUGUUCGCAGCUGCUUCCAGCAUGUGACCAAUAAGGUGGAGCUUGAGCCGAGGCAGUUUGUUGAUUGGAUGCGCCUGGAGCCCCAGUCGAUGGUUUGGCUUCCUGUCCUGCACAGAGUGGCGGCAGCAGAAACAGCCAAACAUCAGGCCAAGUGUAACAUCUGCAAGGAGUGUCCUAUUGUUGGCUUCAGGUAUCGCAGUCUGAAGCAUUUCAACUAUGACGUGUGUCAGAGCUGCUUCUUUUCUGGGCGUACCGCCAAGGGCCACAAGCUCAACUACCCCAUGGUGGAGUACUGCACACCGACAACAUCAGGCGAGGACAUGCGUGAUUUCACCAAAGUGCUGAAGAACAAAUUCCGAUCUAAGAAGUACUUUGCCAAGCACCCACGGCUCGGCUACCUACCAGUCCAGACGGUUUUGGAGGGUGACAACAUGGAAACUCCCGUCACCCUCAUCAGCAUGUGUCCGGAGCAGUAUGAGCUGUCCCAGUCACCUCAGCUCUCUCAUGAUGACACCCAUUCCAGGAUAGAGCAGUAUGCCAGCAGGUUGGCUCAGAUGGAACGUUCCAAUGGCUCUCUGCCCACAGACAGCAGCUCAGCCACUGGAAGCAUGGAUGAUGAACAUGCCCUGAUCCUUCAGUACGUACAGACGCUGGGAGGGGAAGGUUCCCCGUACAGCCAGCCACAGAGUCCUGCCCAGAUCCUACAGGCUGUGGAGAGGGAGGAGCGAGGUGAACUGGAGCGGAUCAUAGCUCGUUUGGAGGAGGAGCAGAGGACGCUGCAGAGGGAGUAUGAGCAGUUGAAGGAGCAGCAUGGCCAGCGAGGGGCCCCUGCUGCAAGCCCCUGGGAAUCAGAGGGCCCCUCAGCCCACCCUGAUGAGGCCGAUCUUCUCGCUGAAGCCAAGCUGCUACGACAACACAAGGGCCGGCUGGAGGCGCGCAUGCACAUCCUGGAGGAACACAACAAACAGCUGGAGUCUCAGCUCCACCGCCUCCGGCAGCUACUGCACCAGCCGGAAGUGGAUUCAAGGGUAAAUGGAGUGUCGCCUCCCACCGUGCAAGAGCGAGGGCCACUUACCGAACACUCAGAUGAGCUGCUGGACUCCCACAACAGCAGCUCUGACCUGGCAGAUGUAAUGGAGCAGAUUAACAACUCCUUCCCUGCAUGCAGUCCCUCGAGCCUCUCCUCAAGACCACAGGUGAUGUGAGGACCAAUCAGAGGACGGAGCGUGUUCGUGUGCACACGUCAGUGCAAGACCAUUCCCAGACCAACGAUCCCCCGACCUGAAAUUCCAAAGACACACAAGAGCAGACGACUUAACUACUUUAACCACCUUGUCUUGUACUAUGCAAACUGUACAUUUUAUGAAUUGUAGAUUGUACCUGAACUUAAUUGAACAUUUGUCAGUGAUUUAUUUAGAUAUGCAGAUGAGUAUAUGGACAUGGGGCUUUGUAUAGUGAAAUAUGCUUUUUUUCGUUUUUCAACGAGUGGUUUGGGAUUCUGUUUUUAAGUCCUGCCUUCACUGGGAAUCAAACUGUUACAUUUUAUUUUGUCAUUCCACUGCUUUAUACCAUCUAGCCCCCAAUUGCUGUUAUUUGUCAAAGAAAGUAGCCACAGACUUUGUUAAAUGCACACAGUUCCUGAGUGGCAGCAUCUAGUGGCUGAAAGGACCAUUUUUGAAAAUGUUACCUCUCAAAGUGUCAGUUUUGUUUUAAUAUCUAUCUUGUAGCAUGCUUGAUGUCAAGUUCCCCUUUAAAGCAUCAAUAUGCCGGCAGACUUUGUAAACUUUACCCCUUCUGUGCCUAUACAGUUAAAGACGAGAGAGAGACGACAAUUAUAGUGGGGUUGUGUAUAAAAAGAGAAGUUUUUGGAAAAUAUAGAUUUAAAUCUAAAGUUGUCCUGAAUCUGGGUUUGUAAGAGGCCCGCCAUCAUCGUGUAGAAUAGUCAUUUUUUAAGAGAUAUAUGUUCAGAAAUCAGUGGAAAGCCAUGAUUGCCUUGCUACCUCAGACUCAGACACAGUUUCGUUUUUGUGGUUCGUAAACUUGUUUAAAACAGUUGUGAUCAUUUACAAACAAGAGCAACGUGGUUCAGCAUUCUAAGCUUUAGCUUACUGUAUCGGUGUACACUGCAACGAGGAGUUACCAAGUGAAAAAAGAAAAAAAAAGAGUUACUAUCACUGUACCACAAUGGGUCUGUGGCCUGCUGAAGCUCGCCUCCCGUCACGAUGAGUACUUCCUUAUCUGUUGUCGGUUUUUUCCACUGGCCUUCUAGCACUGGUCCCUCACUGUGUCGUGUUGUUGUGCUAUAUGCUAUCCUGUAAAACUUGUGAGAUCGAACAACACUACUAUAACCUCCUCUGACUGUAGACUGACGAUGAUGAUGAUGAUUUUAUUGAUUGCAAUCAUGAUGAGCUGUACCAUGGCAGAGCUGUGUCGCUUCACCUGAGGUAUGUAAAAUAGAUCGACCACACUACAUGUAAUAUGGCUACGUUGUUUUAUUCCAAAUAAAAUUUUUAUAACAAGAACA